ACCAAGUCAAAGCGAAAAUAUGCCAUUUCGACCAUUCAGUUAAGUAAGCCGUUAGCCACUUGACGGUAAAAUUAGUCGCUACGCAUACGUUUUGCGGCUGUUUAUAUUUAUCUUUUAAUAAAAAUCAGCCAAACGGAUUAUGGAUCACAUCAAUACAGAGUUCGAUAAGUAUAUGAAGGUUUGGAGCGGUCCAGCUACGCCGAAAUUCUUCGAUCCGGAUUGUUCCAUUGGCAAAGUGCUCUUAGCAUUUAUGCGUAAUAAUGCCGGAAAUAUAUGUCAGCUGUCCGAUACCGAGGGCACCGCACUCACUAACGGCGAGGCGAUUACCUUUGGUAUUCGGCUGGCGCAACACUUCAAGGCGAUGGGUCUGAAGCAAGACGAUGUUAUCGGCAUUGCCGGCGGCAAUACCACAUAUCUGCUGCCCUUGGUUUUGGGUUGUUUGCUGAAUUGCACGCCCUUCCAUGCGCUAAGUCCGCACCAAGACGAGUCUACCAUGAAAAAUCUAUUCUACACUACGCGUCCGCGUUUGAUCUUUUGUGAUGGCAGCAUUUAUGAUCGCGUGAGCGCGGUCAGCAAAAUGUUGAAGGCGAAUGUUUAUACAUUGAAGGAGCAUCGUAGCGAUCUGCCGAGAAUCGAGGAUCUGCUGGAGCCCACAAAGGGCGAAAUGUUCUAUGUUCCGCAAAACCUUACCAUUGGUGGAGAUCAAACGGUAGCCAUACUAUGCACCUCAGGCACCACUGGACUACCUAAGAAUGUGUGCAUUUCCAAUUCUUGCUGCCUCUUCGAUUACGGUUUUGUCUCCAGCAAGGACGUGUUGCUCUCGUUCAGCACCAUCGACUGGUCUACGGGUUUAUUCAACAUGCUCUUCAGUUGUGGACAUGGCGCCACACGCAUUAUUGUCGAUAAACCUUAUACACCGGAAUAUCUUUUGGAACUUAUCGACAAAUACAAGGUUACUAUACUCACUUUGGCGCCACAACACAUUGCCACACUGGUUAAGUCACCGCUUCUAACCAAAGAGCGAUUGGUCAGUGUGCGCUUCCUCAGCAUUGGUGGUGGUAAUUGUUAUGUGCCGACCUUGUUAAAGAUGCAGGAAUACGUAACUAAUGGUUACAUAUCUUAUGGUUAUGCGCUGACUGAAUGCGGUGGUGUUUCAGCCAAUUUGGGCAUCACCAAACCCAGUUCCGUGGGCAAACUCGUACCCGGUUUGAGGGUGAAAAUACUUGACGAUGCUGGACGUAGCUUGGGACAUAACGAAACCGGCGAAAUAUUGGUGCACAACAAUAAGGUGUGGAAUGGUUAUUAUGGCAAUCCGAAUGAGACGAAACGCAUGCAAGACUAUCAGGGUUGGUUUCACACCGGCGAUCUGGGUUACUUCGACAGUGAUAACUACCUUUAUGUGUUGGACAGAAAGAAGGAUAUGCUCAAGUUCCAUGGCAUGCAAUAUUGCCCACACGAGAUCGAGCAAGUCGUGGCAGAGUUACCCGAUGUGAUAGAAGUAUGCGUUUUCGGUUUGUGGAAUGAGGUGGAUGGCGAUGCCGCUGCGGCAGCAGUCGUCAAAGUGCCGGGUAGUAAAUUGCUGGAACAAGAUAUUGUCGAGUAUGUGGCCAAGCGCUUGCAGGUGAUGCACAAGCAACUGCAUUGUGGCGUCUUCUUUCUCGACGAGCUGCCCAAAACGGGUUGUGGUAAGAUUUUGCGAAAUCAAGCGCGCGAUUUGGCGUUGGGUAAAAAGUGGGAGGUACAUAAGCAUGCUGGCGGCGCAAAUAUUUAGUGUUACGGUACAUUUAGGUUCUUUAAGUUUAAUAGUGGUAUCGAAGUACUUAAUUAAAACUGUAUUGAAAUUAUUUGUCAUUAGCCAUAAUAUUAGCAUCUAUUCCAUAAGCCUACAGUUCAAGUUGUAAAUUCAUAUCAAGGUAGUUAAGCUUAUCUCGGUUUUUGUUAUCGAACAUUUUCGGGUAUACC